ACACAUGGUGCAGGGUGGGCGUGCCUAGGACGCUGAUGUAAACACAAAAUACGCCUCAUCCCCCGUCGGAUAAGUCACAGUGGAGCGAAUUGGCAAGAUUAACCCAAAUAGCCUUCGCUGGUCGGGGAAAACGCUCCGUGUCCGUCGUGCGUAAUAUGCGUUAAGGCGCAGACGGGCGACGCCAUGGACUUUUACAUCAACCUGAAGGUGAAUUUCAGAGGAAAUUCCAAAAAUUUCCUUCUGUCGGGAUCCGAGACCAAGAGCUGGGAGUCGAUGGAGGCCAUGGUGAAGCGUUCGUUUGGCCUGUGCAGUCUUCAGCUGACCUAUUUUGACGAGGAGAACGAGGAGGUGUCCAUUAACAGCCAAGUGGAGUAUGAGGAGGCAUUGAAGAGUGCAGCAAGGCAGGGGAAUCGACUCCACAUGAAUGUGUACGAGACUCGCGGCCAGCCAGCAAGGGUCUCUACUACCAAGGCCAGCGGGACAGAGCCCAAGAGGGGCUUCAGACCCCCACAGCACUGCCCCACCCUGGCCCAGGUGGUCAGCCGCAAAGUCCAGGCUGCAGUGCCAGAACAGGGCAUGGUGAUUAUGAAAGAUGUGAAGGGGACCAAAGAAGAAGACAAGACCCCUCCAGCCUGGUUCACCUCUUAUAUGGAGAAGUUUAAGGACCAGGUGGUUCGUGAGGCAGUGGAGAAGAUCUGCCGGGAGUUCUCUGGACAGUGCUGCAUUCACAAACCCCUGGGAGGAGGAGCAGGAGCAGGAGGUGGAGGAGGCAGGGGGGAAGCAGUAGGAGGAGCGGAGGCCCAGCAGGUCCCUGAGGUUUCCUCCUCCACUCUCCCUGGAGCUCCAUCCUCCUCCACUCCUCCAUGCUCCUCCUGCAGGGGGCAGACCACCGGAGGAGGCUAUCAGUGCAGUGUGUGUACUUCCUGUACUCUGUGCGAGCCCUGCAGUUUCUCUCAUGAUCCCAGUCACAACCUGGUGAGAGCCAGGACUCCUCUGUCCAUCCCGGAGCACGGAUCACCUGCCCCAGACCACAGCAGGUUCUACAGGCGAGGUGACCGCAGUUUCCGAAAGGCGGAGAAGCAGCGGCUGAAAGCAGAGAAGCGCUUGCUGAAGGCUGAAGUCAAAGAGAUCCGCAAACAGCUGAGAAUGGAGAGGCGGGGCAUCCAGUGGAGCUCCUCCCACCGAGAUGGAAGCUCCUCCCCUGUACUUCUGCAGCCUCGAGCCACCCAACACAACAGCCCUGAGCGUCCAAAGCGCCCCUGUCCCCUGGUGGUUCCAGCUAUGACAGCUGCAUUUCUGGAUGAGAACCUUCCUGAUGGAACCCGACUGCGUCCUGGGACCAAGUUUAUCAAGUACUGGAAGAUGAGGAACACUGGAACAAUCUGUUGGAGCGCUGAUACUAAGCUGAAGUUCAUGUGGGGAAACCUGGCGGUGGGAUCUGGGGACCGCUGGAGAGAAGUUUCUGUUCCUUUUCUCCAGCCAGGACAGGUUGGUAUAGUGAGUGUCGCGCUGUGCGCUCCCACGGUGGAGGGCUCCUACACCUCUCACUGGCGUCUGGCCCAUGCUGGAGAGCAGUUUGGACCCAGGGUCUGGUGCAGCAUUGUGGUCGAUCCUCUGGCCCCAGCACCCAUGAUGGCUGAUGGGAUCCUGGUGUCACCCUGUGUCACACCACAGGGUAAGAACCCAGUGGCAAAAGAUGGAAAAGCCUGUGCAGCUUCCAGAGAGCAACCGUUAAUGUCAGUGGACCAAGAAGAGUACUACAUCCCAUCUGUGGACCUGCUCACUGCACAGGAUCUUCUGUCUUUUGAGCUGUUGGACAUCAACAUCGUCCAAGAGUUGGAGAGUGUCCCAAACAACACCCCUGCUGACAUGACCCCAUGUAUGUCCCCUCUGCCUCAAGAUGUACACCUGCAGGACAAGAGCAGUCCCUCUUUGGGUCUCAUCCAGGAAGAGACUGAUGUCAUCAAUAGCAUCAUGGAUGUCCCUCAUGGGGCGGGAUCUGGAGCAGAGGGGGGCGGAGUCCCGGCUCAGGAGGAAGGGGAGGAUGACAUCAGCGGGACUCAGUUUGUUUGUGAGACUGUGAUUCGCUCAAUGACUCUGGAGGAGGCCCCGGACCACGCCCCUCUGAGAGGGUCCCGCCCAGGAACAGGUAAAGUAGUGCGUCCGGCUGCUCACGGCGGCUCCUCCUCCUCCUGUGUGAAGAGUAAAACAGUGACAACAGAAGAAAGCCCAGACAGCAGCCCCAGCACCUCUGAAAAACCCUUGAAACCACCAGCAAUGCUGAAAGCUUCUCUCCUUCCCCCGUUGAAAGUCUCCCUGCCUGCUCCGCUUUCUGUGGCCCUGACCUCAGGACCCGGCCCCAGCUCUGCACCGACCCCUCUCCUUGCUCCGCCCAGGUCCUCCACGCUGCAGGAGCACACAACCAAAGUUGAAGGUGAGGAGUCACACAUGGAGAACAUCAGUGUGGAGUCCAGGGUGAAGCAGAGAGAGAAAGGUCCAGAGGAGAAGAAGGAGAAAGAAGUAGAGGAGAAGAGAGACGGGACGAGGAGUCGCUCCUCCUCCACCUCCUCAGAGGAUUACAUCAUCAUUCUCCCUGACUGCUUUGAUACUAGUCGGCCACUGGGGGAGUCCAUGUACAGCUCUGCUUUGUCCCAGCCUGGUGACAUCCCAGCUAAGACCCCCACAGAUCCAGAAACCCCAUCGCUCGACCACCUACACAGUUCCACCACACAGGACGAGUUGGAUGAGGCAGAUGAAGCUGCAGCAGCUCCAGGGACGGGGGUGUCAGGCACCAGCAGCGCCAACGACAUGCUUUGUACGUCUCAGACACUGGAUGAUGAGCCGCUUACACCUGAAGUGGUAGCACCGCCUACAGCCAUCAUCACACCAAGUCCAGGGAGCAGUGUAGAAACAGAUGUUGACCCUGCUGCUGCCGGGCAAGGGGAAGACAGUUCUGAAUUGUACCAAACUGAGGAUGCCUCUGGUCCUGAACAAGCUCCGACAGAUGAUAAUGAAGCUACUGAGGACAUAGAGGAGGACAACCCUGAAGACCCCAGGCACCCAGGCAUCACCAGUGGCCUGGUGAAAGGAGCUCUGUCAGUAGCUGCCUCUGCCUACAAAGCUCUGUUCACUGGACAAGGCCCUACACAGCCUCCAGUGGAUUCUUCCACCCAGGACACCAUGAUGGCUGUGCUGGUGGAGAUGGGUUUCGGUGACCGGCCGCUUAACCAAAGGCUGCUGAAGAAAUACAACUACAACCUGCUGGACGUGGUCAACGAGCUCGUUCAGAUGACUGACAAUGACUGGUACUCUACACGCUACUGACAAGACAGAGAGGAAGAAGUGUAGGAGGAAGAGAGAAGGAGAGGAGGAAAGACUGGAAGAGAGGAGUUCAGUUCUGCUCAUCUACCUUUUUGCCUUCCUCCUUUUGCCCAUCUCUUGUAUAAUUGGAACAGUUGGAUGGAGAUCAGUCUACUCUAUGACCAUAUAAGAAGACAUUCCAGCAAACACUCUGGGAUCAAACACCCACUGUCUGUAGUAUUACUUUCAGCUUAGGCCUUGAUAGUGGCAGGGCAGCUGCUUUGCAUAGGAAUUUAAGAGAGAUAAAGAAAGAGACACAUUCUUUAAGUCUCAGAGGAGCUAUGUGUAGCAUUUAGCAUUUCCUAAAGUUUAGACCACAUAUCCCAUGAGUCCAACCUCAGCCUACAAAGAGGGCCUUGCUCCAUUUUUUGAAAAGCAAGGAGAAAUAUAAAAGGUGUCAGUAACAGCAAAUAUUUAUUUUAAUGUGACACAGUAUGCUAAUGUUAAGUUGUGUUACCAUCAAUUCCUGAACAGUUUCAUUUCUAUGCUGGAAAGUAAUGUAACAUAAUUUACAGUUUGUGUAAGAUGCAGCUUUGUGGCUAGCAGAGGUAAGUAUUCCCACAUCAAAAUAAUCAUGGCUAUGACUUGUUAGUGUUGAAAUGCUACACAUAGCACGUUCCUGCUUUGCUCUUUUACCUGGGACACUGAUGAAGUACAGAGCAGUGAGAUAAUAUACACAUCCCAGUUAGUACCAUAGCGGGGAGAUCCACAUCAUAGAUCACUGUGGUACAGUACCACUUAGUCAGAGCAUGUGUUCACAUGCUAGUCAGUUACACAUUGAAAAUCCACAUUGAAGUAAAGGUGUGCUAUUGCCAUACACCAGACAGCUCGGAGCACUGAUAUACUUCCUUUUAGCUACGUGUUUGUGUGAGCAUGAUGGUUCCUUUGGCAUGUUGUUUGUAUGCAUCCUCAGAAAUGACCGUUGCACAUUCCCCAAGAUGUAGCUAAGCUAAGAGAAUCUAAUAGAGGUAGUCAUUGCUAUUUCUGCAAUGGCCUUGACAUUCAAAAAAAUAGUAAACUUGUGGAGUAUCGCCAUGUAAUGUUUACAUUGUGCAAAAUCCAGAGUUGAAGAUUUUAUAGUGUUGGCCAAGGACAAUCUGGACCUAUGCUGAUGUAGUGUUCAGGUAACAAAUAGCCUGGGUCUGGGUAGCAGAACUCUAGGCCCAGGUUUGGACUCAGGUUGGAUUUGGUUAUUUUAAAAUGUGCCAAUUAACUGAAUUCAUUUUUGUCACACGGUAGAUACUGUAUGCAAGUCAAAGAGAUUAGUUUGGCAAGGUAAGCAUCAGUUCAUAACUUGGGUCAAAUUUGGCAGUACCAGUUGUCUCUGUCGGGUCUGGACUUGAAAAGCCUGUUUACACCUGGUAUCAGCAUGUGUUUCAGCGAUCUGAACACAAGUGAACAACCAAGACACAUUGCUUUUCACACAUGUUCAUCAUGCGUCUCCAGCUGACCACUUGUGUUCAGAUUUCGUUACUUCCUACGACACUUCUGCUAGAAGGUCAAACGGCCCUGUGCACAGUUACUAUAUCCACACUCUUGCUAACUGCUCAUUAGCAUUCUCACUAGUCACCUUAGCGGUUGUGAAGGUACAGCUGGACAUACCGCUAUCAGCAGAAUUCAAGACAUCUCCUUCCACUGGGCAAAUUGAUGGAUGGUCAUGCAAAAAUUCGUCCAACUGGUCCUUAAAUUGACAAGUUAGAGAGUGUUAGCGUGUUGACACCAGACCAACCACCACGUCGUGCAUUGAUGAUGUAGUCUGAACGGCUAACCAUGACAUUCUUACCCUAACCAGUCCCGCUCUUCAGGCCUAAACCUAACCAACCCAACCAAUGAUGGCAACAAGGAGUACUAACUAAUCAGAGAGAGAUAGUGUGGUUGGCAAUGCCUUUGCUUUCUGAGGAAACGCAUAUUCGUGUAGGGGAUGCAUCAGAUGCGUUAGCGUUUACACUAGAAAAGAUUUGUAGUCAAAUGCAUCCCAGAGUGGUUUGAGUGAUCUGAUCACAGUGCAUCCUGGUGGUUGUUUACACCUGUAUUUAGUGCUGUCCACUUGUGAUCGGAUCACCCAAGAUGCAUGUCAAUACCAGGUAUAAACAGGUAAACUAAUGCAGGUAUGAGUCGGAUUUAGAUCUCCGCUUUAGGCCUGUGAGGUACUACUCAAUGUUCCCCUUUGAGGAUAUUCUUUUUAAUCAUCUAGGCUAGGGUUGGGGGACAAUAGAAUAUACACUAUGAGUUGAUAAAUUUAACAGAGGGAACUUUAUGUCUCCUGUUGUGCCAGGCUUGUUUUUGCAGGCAGCGUUGCAAAUCAAUGAGCUGGACUGUUUAGUGACAGUAUUAUACCCCUUUGCCACCAAAAUUAGAACGUGUACGCAGGUUUUUUUCUAAUAAAAUAGACGAUAGACUCUAUUGCCAGUUGACCAGAGCUAUAUAUAUGACUCUGCAGCAGACGAGCAUGCCUUUCUUUUAGUGGUGUGUUACAUUUGACAUCAUGGGCAGGCUGGAAAACAGGUUAGUAAACUGAAGAAAGCAGCAAGGAGGCCUGUGAAAACUCUACGGGGUUAAUUCUUUUUAGUUAUAUUUUACUUAUUUGGUGUCUCUUUCAAACUUGGUGCAGACUAAUUUGGAUUGAUGUUUGAGCACUGCUUGGACAGAGAUGGGCAGUAUUUUGUGGUGGCAUGUCAUUGCAUCUCACCAGUAAUGGUGCUAAAAUUAAGACGUUCACCCAAGUGUUGAAUUUCCAUCAGUGCUGAUUGGAGCCAGAACCGAUAAAUACCCGUGACUGCAGAGUAAUUUGAUCUGUGUGUAAAUGGCAAUUGUAACCUUUCCUGUUACAUACAAAAGUCAGAUGUUGGCUGGUGUUAGUGUUUUUUGUGCAGUGGGAAAGGGGCUUUAGAUUUUUGUGUGAUGUGACUUUUGAUUAUGUGAGCAGUUAGAAAAUACCUUCAUUUGUCAUGUAUUAAUUUACUAGAUCGGCCCAAAUCAGACAUUCCAAUCUGGUUAUUUUAUCCUUAAACAAUUUGUCAAUUGAUUUUCCAGAAAUGUUAUUGGAAAAUCCACCUACUCAUGAAGUAUAUCUAUAUUGUGAUGUAGAAUUAUAUUUACCCCUGGUAUUGUACACAGGCAAGUAUGUGAUUAAUUCUGCCUUAUUUGUGUUGGAGACAUUUGUCUAUACAUUCAUGUUGGUAAAAAGCAAGUAUAUCAUGAUACUCAGAGCCUGGAACAAAGUGAUUCUCUGUGCUCAUUUAGGUUCAAGUAUUGUAGAGUAUGGCUGCAUUCUUCUUAAUAUGAUCAUUUUAUAAAUUAUGCCUAUAUCACUGGAGGGUUUUCACACACCUCUCACUGUACUGUAUGCAUAAUCUACUGACAAUGAGUAGAUGACUACUGAAAGUAGAAAAAAACAUUCCCCAAUGAACUUUGGAAUUUGGAGAGAGUGUUUGCACUUAAAAGCUUACAGGACACAGGGACCAUUCAGUCAACAUCAACUGUUUUUUUCCAGUAUUGACUUUGCCCUCUUACACACAUUCCCUGGACCUGUUUAUUGUCUUAAACAUGUUAGCUAGCUCUCACAAUAAAGAUCCUCUGUUUUCCAUGAAUCUCCUGGUCAGAGUAAAGGUCUCAGAAUGCUUCAAAGGAACUAGUUUGUACGAUCUGUUGUCCUUCUCAUUCUGAAUGGCCAUACUUAAAGGCAGGGUGAAAAGUCUGCUCUCAGAGUCUCCUUCAAGUCUAGUGCUUAGGAAGCAGGAUGACAUCAGCAGAAUUUUCUGAAUGAGUUACCUGUCAGUCAAUAUGACUUCAUCUACAGCUUUUGGUUAAUUUGUACCAAGCCAGUUCAUAAAACAUGAAACAGACCAGAAAUAAGAGCUCCAGUAGGUCUGUUUUCCCCCUUGGUACAGACUAUAGAUUGUAUAAAAUAAUGGACAUAGCCGCCAUUUCGUCACCCAUUGAUUUGUGCACUCCAGUUUUGAAGCCUCGAGUCGGGCAUUUUGACCAUCGCCAUCUUAGUUUUUUGGAGCCAAAAGUGACGAUACUUUGACAAGGGGUGGAGCCUACUUUAACGUUAGCUGCUAACUUGGUUAGCGCAGUGCGUUUACAGCUACAGUUAACGGUGAUAAUGCUAAUGCUAAAUUUUACCAGCGAAAAACAGGAUUCAAACCAUUCAACCAAUUGUUCUUACCAGAAGAAUCGAAUAUCCAACUCCUUAAAGGGUCUUUUAGUACAACAAAAUGCUGAACAAGACUUUUUUUUAGGUGAUGAAAUGUUACUUUCAUGAACCGAAAACACAGUUAAUAGCGACAGCUACGGCUACAACUAUCCUUUGUGAAUCUGGGGUUACACCAUGGAGACAUUUCUAACCAGCAUUAUCAUUGUGAUAGCAACUUUUCAAUGGAUGGCACCCACUUGUCACUGAAAGCAGCCACGCCCUUAAUUAUGCAUAACUUUAAGCCUUAAUUACAUUUUCAAAGGUGAGUUAAAUAAAGACUUAUCUGCGUGUAGUUGUCAUGAAUGGGAAAUUUAGCUAGAGAGACCAAAACUGUUUUUGUACCAGGCUGUAAACAUGUUUAUUUCUGCUGUUAAGUUGGGCAUUUUAAUAUGAGGGCCUAUGGAGAGUGACUCGCUUUUGGAGCCAACCCUUAGUGGCCAUUCAAGGAACUGCAAUUUCUGGUAUUUCCAUGUUGGCUUAAUUUUUCAGCCCUGAAGUUUGUCACUUGGUCCAAACCAAAUAAACCAAACCACAGUAAUGAAAGCAAUCCUAGAUGAUGUAACAAACUCUUCCUUUGAAGUGUACUGAGGUUAAAAAUAUUAAAAAUGAAGACUAUCCCUGGAUUUUGUUCACUGUAUUUCUCUUUUAACAUCACGUGUGACACAGAUCUUUACAAAUCAGUCAGAGAGAAAUGGCUGCUUUAAAGUGACUGUAUUUAUCUGAGUCAGAUGGGGUGAUGACCUCAGAUAGGAUCCAGCUACGCUGAGUUGAAUCCACUCAGCAAAGCUCACGUGUCCUUAUAUAAUUUUGUACACCUGUCAUCUGUCUUGUGCUUCUUAAAGUGGUCUGGUGUGGGGGCUAAUACUCCUAAUGGACAUGUGCUUCUUUUGGUAGAGUAUGUACAGUUACAGUGAGGUCAUUCCAUCUUAAACUGGAAUCAAACAGUGUGUAACAAUGUGAAAAUGUGUUUGUUUUUUUCCCUUCACAUAUGUAUGAAUAUAUACAAAAGCUCCUAGUUGGAAGCAAUGACUAUCAGUUGACUUUAUUAGUUUAAGUUAAGAUUGUUUAAGGUGCUUUAGCUUCGAAUGCUUGAAGACUGUUUGGUGAUGAUGUUGUACUUAUAGGCUUACUGUGUGGUGGUUGAAUUUGCUCUGCUGUAUGUGUGUGUUAGGUGUUUUUCCUUUGGGAAAAAAAAAGUUACCAGAUUGAUUGAGGAUCAUCUGUCUGUUUGCCAUUAGGGCAAAGACUUGAAGGACUUAGGUUUGGAGUUGAAGACAUGAUUUAAAAAAACAGUACUUGUAGGAUUAUGAUUAAUUUUGUGUAUAUGUAAUACAUAAAUGAGUGGUCCAAAAAAUAUGUUAAUUCUGCAUUUUAUUUUAUUUUAUUUUUUUUAUUAUAUUAUUUUUUUGCCAGGCUGCAAAGUCAAAUAAAAGUCACUGUAAUCCAUAGACACAAAUUCUACAAUGAAGUUUAAAGGAAUAAUUUGAUAUUUUGUUAAAGUUGCUCAUUUGCUUUCCUGCCAAGAGUUACGUGUGCAGCAGGAACAAUGAAAAAAUACCUAUCCCUAAUUUGAUCAUGUCUUGGUGACAAGUGUUUUAAAAGGAAAUAUGGCAAUGACACAUUUUAUAUGUUUUUUGUUUUAGUUUUUUUUCCAUUUUGUUGUUUGCUUUUUGGAGGUGUCCUUUUAGUUCAUCUCCUGCUACAUAUACACAGUUCCUGUAGUAAACUCAUAUCCAUCAUAGUUUACACGAACUUCUCAUCAUGUAUUCCAGGAUUUAGUGUACAUUUUGCAUCAUCUACACUCAACCGAAUCUCGCCACAGUCCCUUUAAAAGACAUACUGUUCCCCUGUGCGUAAUCAAUGAAACCCUGCUGCACAUGUCUAAUCCAAACUCCUACAUGGUGAGAUGGAACCUGGCUGAAAUGUGCACUCAAUGAAGGUGGAGUGUUUCACAUACUGUACUGUAUGUCAUUUUGCUUUAAAUUGACAUGUAUGUGUUCCAUAAGGGACGGUCAGGUGAAAUAUUUUCAUAUCGGGGUAUGAAUACAAGUGAAGUAUUUAUAGAGGAAGAGAAAAGCUGGGUAGUUUGAGCUUUUUUUUCUGUGUUGCACUUUAUGAACAUGGUUAUGAUGUACAAAUAGUCUGUCUCCAAUUAAAGUCAUUACACUAAU